GUUUUAACAUAACUGGGUAUGACACUUCGCUUGGUGAGUAUGAUCUCACACGCGCGUUGAGAAAACAUUUCGCUUCAUGUGGUUGGAUCAAAAUUUUUUAUAUUCCAAGAAACGUUGUAACCUCUACUCUCAGCAGGUUAUUUUUAUGGUUGAGGCUUCUUCUUUAUGCUCUCCAAUAUAUAUUUUCCAGCUCAAAGGUUUUAAAUAUUACAUUGGCUUUUUUUUUUUUUUUUUUACAGCGUUGCUUUCAUGGAGAUUCAGGGAGACGAAGGCACAGGACAGAAGGUGUUGGAACUUAAUGGAAGUGACGUGGGAGGGUGGAAUGUAGUUGUUCAUGCUUUGCCUAAUCAGGGACCAGACAGUGCUUUUUGCCCUAAAGCGGCUGCUUUUAGAGCUCAAUCCAAACGAAAAAACCAAAGCACCACUUUUCUUGUUUCUGGAUUUGACACUUCGCUUCCUGAGGCUUAUAUCGAGCGCUCUUUGAGCAAGUGUUUCUCUUCAUGUGGAGAGAUCACUGGUAUUUCUCUGACCAGAGGAGUUGGCGGUGUUCUCAAAAGCUAUGCUUUCAUUUCUAUUUUGGGAGAAGGCGCAUCAGAGAAGGCGCUGAAACUUAAUGGAAGCGACGCUGGAGGAUGGAAAGUAUCUGUUGUGGUUUUAAGGUUACCGUGAAAUUCCAAUGCUGUUAUGAAUAAAAGACGCUGCUUUGGGAUUUCAGUUACGGGAUAUGACACUUCCCUUCCUGAGGAUGAUCUCAAGAGUGCCUUGAGUAAACAUUUCCGUUCAUGUGGAGAGGUCAUGGAUAUUUCUAUUAGCAGGAUUGACAGCAAAGCUUUAAUUUAUAUUAUGGGAGAAGGCGCAGGAGAGAAGGCGCUGGAACUUAGUGGAAGUUACAUGGAAGGAUGCAACGUAGUUGCCAAGGUUGAUUCUGUACCGGAUAAGAGCUUUGGCUACCGCCGUUUCUUACAAGGCU